AUAAGAGCUACCUGCUACUGUCACUACACUCAUUUAGUGUUAUUUUUCUUUUAAAACUGGCGGCUAUGAGCAAACGGCAUGUGGGAUCUUUCAAAUUCAAGAGCAUAUCCUCAUUAUCUACAACAAAGAGUCCGAGAUCGAGAUGUUUCUCUACGAUAAGCCAGCGACGAAAUGCAGAUUCGAAGGCGAACGAAGGCAACGAGACUACGCGAUUACAGGAUGAACCUAAGGAAGAAAGCCCUAUGGCGCGAAGGCUAUCGGAGAUGACGGAACAAGCUGUGCUUGAAGGGGGUCGCUCGGCGCAUAAAAACAUAGAACACGCGGGGUUCUCAGAUGAUCUGAAGAGGCAGCUUGAAGAGAGAAUCGCAGCAACAGCUUUCAAAAGUGACCAUGCGACUGCCCAUGCAAUCGUCGAUAUGCCUUCGAGUGCAGGCCAAGGAACUCAAGAUAUCGCCGCAGCUGAGGCAUGGUCCGGGACGGAGAGCCUUCACGAUGUCACACUGCGCAUGCUGGAUAGCUCGAAGAAGCCUAUGCGCGUACCCUAUAAAAUCCCACAACCCAACCCCGUCGAUAUGCGAAUCUCUCCCAAGUCUCAAAAAUCGCCUGGCCUUCGCCUCGCCGAAGCCAAAGACCGCACAUCUACAUAUUCCUUAAGUCAAAGCCCCGGGUUAUCGGAUGAAGAGCGUGAGGCGAUGCGGCGAGAGAUGCGAGAGAGGUUCACCCCUGGCGGUCGACCAAUGCCGAUGACGAUCCAAGGGUUAGCGUCGCUUGCAAACGAACGGAUAGAGGAUGCGAUGUCGCGCGGUCAAUUCGAGCGAAUAAAACGUGGAAAGGGUGUCAAUACACAGACCGACCAUAAUGCAAAUAGUGCAUUUAUCGAUACAACCGAAUAUUUCAUGAACAAAAUGAUUCAAAAACAAGAGUUGGUUCCUCCGUGGAUCGAGAAACAACAGGAGCUGGCGAGGGAGGUUGAUCGGUUUCGUCAGCGCUUAAGAACAGAAUGGAGACGGCAAGCGGCUAGAUUGAUUGCGAGUGAAGGAGGAUCCCUAGAAGCUCAGAUGAGGCGUGCUCAGGCUUAUGCCGCUGCGGAAGCUCGUUUGGCAGAGAAAAUCCAGAUAGAGCGAUCGUUCCAAGAGCUUUAUAAUGUCGAGUCGUCCGCAACGAACCCGAACAAUGACAAAAACAUAGCUGCUAUGUCACCGGAAGUCGAAACCAAGGAGAACCCCCGGCUGCCAUAUGUUUCGCCAUUACGUGACCCCCAGUAUCUUUCAACAGAGCGCUCUUUUUAUGAGCUAGCAGUUAAGAAUCUCAAUAAUCUCACUCGUUCUUACAACCUGCAAGCACCACCCGUUGCCCAGAAGCCGUACAUCAAUCUGGAACGUGAAUUAUCUACGUGCUACGCCGAUGUAGCCCCAACUUUAGCCGAGGAGAUUAAACGGCGCGCGACGGAGAGGACCAGCCGUCCUAAGUCUGUGGGAUCUAAAGCGUCCGGUAUUAUCGAGUCCUUAAGCACAUCAGCUACCACACGAGUUUAUGAGGAGGAUAAAACUAAAGGAUAUGGAUUCAAGGAAUUCUGGCGGGACCUAUUUUCGAAGAAAGAUUAGUGGCUGGGUAACCAUGUGUAGAUAUGCGUGAUGUAUAUAUUGUAUGAUAUUGCCAUGUACGAUGGUGCUUUUUGUCUAGUAAGCGUCAUGAACCCAGACCGUCCCAGAGACACUUCCUUAAAUUAGAAGAUAAUGGGCCUCUCCGUCGCUAGACGCUAGCACUACACGGCUGAAAAGCGGCUCGUUUGAGUUUGGUCUCCUUUAGGUUGUGAUAAGAUGUGAUGUGAUGUACCUAUGGUAGCCUCUGACGGUAUACUAUCUAUUGUAUGCGGUUCUGGCUCCUUCGGGGUGACAGGGGAGCCCUAGGACUAGUAAGAAGCUGCAGACGCAACCUAAGCUUAUCGAGC